AUGUCCGACGUAUGUGAAGGGUCGCCUGCAGAAGAUCCCUCAGCGAUUUCAUUAAAUCAACCGUCUUCUGAAUCUCUGCCAAUCGAGCCUAGACCCGAAGGUGAACCGUCUUCUGAAGUGGAGCGUGGAAGUUCCGAACCUGUACAUCCACAAGAAAAUGAAGAAGAGCAAAGUGUAACAGAAAGCUCUGGUAUUAAUAGCGAAGCAGCUUCGAACACUCAAUCUACACCAGUGAAAAGAUAUGUUAUUGCUGAUUCUGACGAUGAUGUUACGGAUGAAGAAGAUGGUGCUCAACGCAGUUGGAAUAGUGAGGAGAGAAAACUCAAAGGAGACCACGAUUACGCUGCUCCAUGUGAAUCGAAACUUGCCAACAAAGUGGAGCCACCUGAAGCAUUCCCUGUGCUUCCUGGGCUGGCUGAGCUUGGAAUUGUAUCUGAUGAUCUCGAAGUGCCAUCCGAACAACACAUUGCUUCUAGUCGAAUACCUCCAACACAUCUGGGGUACGAACAAAGGGAACCGAACAUUAUCAAUAGAUCUCCUGCUGCGGUUCGUGACGGCGGUGUUUACCGCGCUUCUGAGAGCCAGAGCGGUUACCUUGCACGGCCUGCCCGAACUGCAAUUCAAGCUUCAUCCGGAUAUCGAGGGGUCCAAGUGGCUCCGGAUCGCAGUUUGCCUCAUACUCAGCAACAUCAACAACCACAUUUCUUUGUUGCUGGCUAUAACGGCGCGCCAGUGGCUCGGAGGGUCAUGACUACAGCUCCAAUAUCGAGCCCUUCAAUAGUACAGAAACGAACUAUGCCGCGUAUUGUCACUACUCCUACUCAAAUGCGACUUUCUGGCCCGCGCGUUAUCGGCAAUGCGCCACAUGUAUCCACACAGCAGCCAAAUCAACGACAGUCGCCAGCAAUGGUAGCGGCACCACCAGUACAACGCCAAGUAGAUCCUCCACCGCACAGGUCAUUUCAUCAAGGGCCCGAGACAUCCCACCGUGUCGUCCUGGUGCAGUCGGGUGCUGGUUCUCGCGUCGCUUUUUCGCCUGCAGAUCCUAGUCAAGCUGCACUUGCUAAUGCUCCUGCUCCGCUUCUAGUAUCUAGCCGUGGAACGAGACCAAUUGUUCGAGGGAGGGGAGGAAGUGUGACAGGACGUGUUAAAAAAGAAAGCACAAGUGGCGUGUCGGGUGAAGAGACAUCUCCAACGCAUUCUCCACAGGCUACUCCCCGCAUUCCUUUGAAUACACCUCUACAUGGCACUCGCACAGUGCCGAUAUCUCCUCGAAAACAGGUGCACUUCUCCGACGGUGUUGCUGUUGGUCCGGGUAGUGGAGGAGCCCCGUCACCGCUCCGCAUGCAGGGUAUGCCGCCUACCUCCCUUCAUCCGGAUGCCGACUCAUCAUCACACCAAGGCGGCAUCCGGUCUCCCUCAAGGCUGACGUCAGCUCGGAUUCGUGCACCUGCUCCAACAGUAGCACCUCAUUCUGCCACAGCAGCGGUAUCAGCGAGCGUCACUUCACCAACGAGAACUAUCCAUACCACACAAACGCCGCCUUUACCCGAAAAUUUCGUGGAUGACGCUGAGGCUGGUUCUCAAAACUAUACCGAAUCUGAAGCGAACAAAAAUUCUACUUUACCUCCCGAAGUCAUUGCUGCAGCAACUUCACUUUCUGCCGAGACUGGUGUGAACCAUCCACAAUGGACCAAUAAUGACAUCUCAGCUGAAGAUUUCAAGGCGAAGAUUGAAGAAAUUAGUCGCGAAAUCGCUCAGGCGUAAAAACAGAAGAAGAUGGAAUCUGAAGCUCAAGCGAGAGAGAAACGACGACCGUCAAGCGAUGUAGCUACUGGCAUGCGACGUCGAUCAGGAGCUGAUAAUCAGUUCAGCGGAGGCGAGGAAAUGGAAACGGGAGGCCCAGCUACGGGGGCUCCAAGAGGUCGCGGACGACCAAGGGGAUCGGGCAGAACACGGUCCUCGUUGAGUAGCAGCAGCAGCACAGGUAUGGGUGCAACGAAUACCACGCCACUGCAUCACGAAAUGUCUGAGGGACCAUAUGGAGCCACGAGAUCCACCGAUUAUCAGUCUUCGCGUAUUACAGGACGCUCUUCGGUUAGAGGAAAUGUCGUACCUAUUACUGCUUAUGACGGUUCGAUGGCACCCGAAUUACCUCCACCUUUACCUCCUAUAUCAAAUGCACAAACAUUACGUGGAGCAUACCAAAGUCCAGGACUAGCUCAGUCACCUCAUGCAUCCCAACGAACUUCAAUUGACCAAUCUCCACUUUCACCGGGCUACCAACAGAAAGGAGUCAACGGAGUUUCUCCGGAUGAGGAUCUGGCCAACGUCAGCACCGAUCCUAGCAGUGAUGAGGAGGAAGCCACGGAGGAAGCUGAAUGGGGAGAUUACGUAACGCGAUGUCUAUGUGAAAUGCAACACAAUGACGAAUGGAUGGUGGAAUGUGAACAAUGCAAUGUUUGGCAACAUAUGAAGUGUAUGGGUAUUGACCCGAAGAAGUUCAAUCAAAAUGAUACUUACCUCUGUGAAUAUUGCAAACCCCGUCCACUCAAGUGGACAAAGAAGCAAGCUCAAGAAUUGCAGUUGAAACAAUUAAAAGCUGUAUCUCGUGAAAAAGAGCGGAAGAUGGCCGAAAAGUUAAGGAGGCGAGAAGAACGGAAGCGUGCUAAACUCAACCAACGUUUGAAGGAACGUAAUCUCGCAAAGACCCCAAAAAGAGGUCCUGCAGCAUACAAAAAGUUCCAAUUGAUCAGCCGCAACGAGUACACGAAACGAGCAAAACAGAUGCUGGCCCUUUUUGACACCACUGCUGGUGCUCAGAGUAUUUUGGAGAACUCGCGUGAUCUGAAACGUGGAAAGCGAAUGUUUGUAGCACCGGAUAUUGAAGGCCUUGUGUCAACCGAGGCUAUAAAGCAGGACGAUGUCAUUAUGGAAUAUGUGGGACAUGUUUGCUUACCAGAUGAAUGUCCUGGCAGACUGCAGCGUGGUGCAUUGCAGCCAUAUUGUGUUUUGUAUAAUGGUUUAGGCCAAAAUCUUCUUUGUAUUGAUGCUCGUCGUCAGGGAAGUGAAGCUCGAUUCGCGCGCAGAUGUUGUCGAUCUAACUCUACUCUCAAACAUGUGUUGUUAAAUGGAAGUAUUUACGUUAUGUUAGUUGCCUCUGAAAGAAUCGAAAAAGGAACUGAGGUUACAAUACCGUUCGAUUGCGACUUCCGAGACACCCUCGUACCAGUUGAAUGCGCUUGUGGUGAAGACCCGAAUUGCUAUAUGAAACAAUUCAAUAACUCUCUUCGUAACAAAGCAUCAUUCGAGGAACGCUCAAAUCGUGAUGUAGCGGCACAGCAGUCUCAGCCUUCAAAUGGAACAGCUUCGAGCCGAGCUGCAAAAGCAGCCGCAUCUCCUCAGAAACCGAAGACAGAGAAUCGUGGGCGACCCAAGGGAAGUGGUAAAAAGGAAAAGGUCGCCGAAGAUACCCCUCGAAAGAAGGGUCCUGUUGGUCGAAAACCAAAGAAGGUCGGGAUUCGUCUUCGUCGACAUUCUGAUAGUAAGAACACAAAGUCAUCCGAUGAAUCAAUGGAGCAGAGUGCCGAAACAGAUACUGCUGAUAACAUGGAGGAAAAAAUGACUGAGGAAAAGGAAGAAACAACAGCGAAAAAAGAACCACAAGCAGCAGAGCCGCCUUCCACUCCCCACGCUCCUCCAACAGAAGGUGCAGCCGAGGAAGUCAAAGAGGAAGAGAAAGUAAACGAACCCGCUAGCACAGAACAACCUGAAUCGUCCCAGGCCAGGCAAGCUUCGGAGGGAAAUAAGUCCGCGCCAUCAUCCCCUAAAAAGGAGGAACAACAACCAAGAGGUGGGAGGCGUAGGAAUAGUACCGGCUCGAGUCGGUUCCCGAAAAGGGAAGCAAUAGAGCAGUUGAAGGUGGUAAUGGAUUACACGUUGCCAGAAGAUAGGAACAAACCUAGUCGGGAAGAAAGGAAACUGCAAGCUGCUCUAGCGGCUAUCGAAAGGAAAGAGGAGAAAGAGAAGAGAAGAGCAGAAGCUCAUAAGGAUUCCGGUGAUGCCAAAGAAAAACGAGGUCCCGGACGACCGGCUAGAUCUAGCACUGGAACCAGUGGAAAGGUGGGAAAGCGGCACGUGGAGAAGCAUCCUGAGAAGGAGAAGGAUAAGAAAGUUGAGGCUGUCGUUGAGCCGUCCGUCCGGGAAAGCCCGCGUGGGAAGAAGAAGAGUGCGUUUGCUUCUGGAGGAGAAGAAUUCAAAGAAAACGAAGUCGAUGAAGUGUCCACUAUAGCUCAACCACCUAGAAAACGUUGGGCAGCAGCAGUGAAAGAAAACGAAGCAGCUCAACGAGCCUCAUCACCUGAAGUAACAUCUUCAUCAUCUGCCACCUCGAUGGGGGCUGGGGAUGUCAGUUCAGCCGAUUCAGUCAAUCCAAGUAGCGUUGGAGGGAAAAAACUUUGGUUGCGAAGACACGCCGCGGAAUCAGUCAGUGAAGAAAGUUUGCAAGCGGUUGAUACUACAGCGUCAUCUGAACCUCUGUCCUGCGCGGCUGAUUCCACUAGUGAUAUUGCCACCUUACCUUCAAGAGUUCAGAUGAGUCCUCCAUUGAAGAAAAGGAGACACAUGUUAGAUGCUUGCCAAUCCGAUGAGCAUGUUGCUGCCACGGCUUUAGCACAAAUGGGUGCGAAAGCAGAGGGGUUUCGCUUUCAUUGGAACAUGGCCUUACGCUACCUGAUGCCAAAUUUAAAUGAAAGAUUACAUGUGGAUUUCGAUCUGGCUGAGACUGUGCAUAGGCCUCUACCUCAGCCGUCAGUACGCCAACCUCCCACAACACUACCUUCGGUCUCUGUUGACACGGCAACGACUACGUCAACCUCAUCACAAGUGCCAUUGGCUUCUCCAGUUGAAGCGAAGCGACUGAGCUUGGAAGACUAUAAAAGGCGUCGAAGUACGAUGGGGCCUUCAGACAGUGCUGGUGGUCCAACUGGAGCUGCUACGGCGCAGGGCACGACGGGAAACGAUCAUAAAGGUCGAAUCGGGGAGAGUAGUAGUCGACCAAGCCGUUCAUUCAUUCCCACUAUGGAUACCUCUCUGGAUCAAAGUGCCCUUCUGCGACCUUUGGACAGUUCUGUUCCCAUUCCUCCACUAGGGGUACCUCCAGAUUUGGAGGUGGUCAAGAAAAUGAUUUUAGAAGAGUCAUGCAUUCCUACUCCUCCGGUAGCUCCUACGUUACCACCACCUCCACCUCCUCCACCACCACCAGUCGAAACUCCAGCUAGUACUGUGCCUGCGUCGUCUAGUGAUAUGUCUAUCGGCUCCAGCUCAGAAUCUGGCGAAGAAAGAAUGUCGCUUGCUGAUCGUUUAGCGAAGGAGUUUGGUGUUGGUACCGCAGGCACUCCACGGUCUCCAAAAUCACUUCUCUCAUCCAGCCAUCGGGCAAUGACGUUAAGAGAUGUGCCGCCUCCACCUCCUCCAGGACCGCGUCCAACUCGUAAUACCCGUUGGUGA